AUUGCGCCAUUGCACUCCAGCCUGGGUAACAAGAGUGAAACUCCAUCUCAAAAAAAAAAGUUUUGGUUUCUUUAUUAAUAAAAUUACAGAACUGAAUUAUCUAGAUGAUAUUCAAAGUUCCAUGUGGUUCUGUUAGUCUGGGAUUCUACAGUGGAAUUUUGUCACUACUUUUGGGAACAAGUUUACCUUUGGUGGCCUACAAAUAAAAAUCAUCUUGGAACAAUGCCAUUUAUCAUAUGGAUGAUUCUGUGUGUUUAUAUAAUCAUUUAUGUUAGUUUCCAAAUGUGUUAAUAUACAGUAUCUCAUUUGAUUAGCUCAGUUGGGUGAUGAAAUAGGUCAGAAAGGUAUUAUGUUCAUUUUCCUGAUGAAAUGAAACAUGGUGGCUAGCCUCUUGAACAAUUUAAAUUUGAUCAUCUUACUUGGUAUGCUAGCCUCUAAGGAUGAAAUCCUGCCAUUGAGAAAGAAAACCCAGUCAGGAAAGCUUUCUCACCUUCAUCUAUCUAGCAAAGUAUACAUAUUCUCCAAGUUCUGACUUGAAUGCUGCUGAAGCUUUUCUUAAUAAUCUCUUCUACCUCAGCAGAGUAGAAGCACUUUGAUCAUUCUCCUCAGGACUCAGGAUUUUAAUUAUCUGUUUAAUGCCUUUCUCUUCCACCCUAGUGAACUACUCAAGUGCAAAUACCUUGUCUUAUUUAUCCCUAAACCUCAUACUGUACAUGGCAUAUAGAGAUGCUUAGUGAAUAACUGUAGAAUCAAAUGAAAGAGUUAAAGUGAUGGGCUGGAGUUGUGGAGUAAGGAGAACUUGGGCUUUGGGCUAAUGGGAAGGAGAUGUCAUUGUAUCCCUUUUUUAGAUUGAAAAUUUGCCCUGUAUGUGCAUUUAAAAAUGAAAAACCUAGUUAAAUAAAAGGGGUGGUUAACCAGGGGCCAAAUCUCUUAAUAAAAUAAAUUUGAAAUUGUUAAGAAAAUGGCAAUUAAAACCCAUAUGUUCACGGAAAAGUGUAAAUUCCUGUUUUAGUUUUCCCCUAAAUGAUUUUGCCGUAUCAUGUAACAGCAGUCUGUAGUCAAACAAGACUGAUUUCAAGUGGAUAAAUAGAAUUUUUAAAUUCCCUGGAGGGAGAAAUCUUUGUCCAGUUAAGCUUUGUGUUAUCUAGAUGUUUUUAUUUGUCUAGUGACCUCUUCUUCUUAUUGAAAGAGUAGUUAGGAGAAACCCUUUAGCACUGACUUUUUCAAGUUUACUGUAAUGUAAUGACCUCCUUGAAAGGAGAAGUACAGAAUGUAUUUUUCAUAAUGUUACUUAAAUUCUGUAGACAUGAAACUAGAUAUAAAACCCUUAUGUUCUUGGCUCAUGCACCACUGUAAACCAAAUCUGCAAAUUAAAUACAAAGGCAACUACCAAAAAAACAAAAUUCAAAUGAAUACAGUUAUUCAGUGUGACAGAUGAUGUUUAGGUUUCACAGUAGAAAAAAGUAACUUUAGGUCUAAUUCCAUUUUAAAUCUGUUUCUGUAUUUUAACUUCAGUGAUAAUAAAAGCUGUGAGUAGUGCCUCUUCUCAUCAGUAAUAUUAUGCAAAGAGUAUUAAUGACUUCAAAGCUUUAUUGGUAAGUUCAGAAUGAGACAUCAUACCUAACCAAAACACUUGCCAGCAAGCAUUCCUCAAAUACAGGCUUAUAAGUUUUACAGAAAUGUCAGCUGUUUUGUUUAUUGGAAGAUAUGGUUAAUAUUAUGACAUUAUUGAAAUCUUCAUUAAAUGAUUUUCUAAACCAGUUAUUGCUGGAAAUGAGAAUGAAAAAACAUCAUUACAUACCUAUAAUUACAUUUACUGCUAACAAAUAUUUGCAGAUUUUACUACACAUGUAGGACCCAUAUAACACUUGCAUAUAAUAAAGUGCACAUAUGAUAUUGGCUGUUAGGCUAUUUGCUUUUGAAUAUGCAUGCCAUGCCUGUAUUGCCAUAUGCUCUGAUGAUUUGAGUUCCUUUUAUUUUUUACUGUUUCUUUUAGAAUGACCAUGAAACUUACACUGGGUGUAGUGUGCCACAAGGACAUUUGGCCUGAAGAAGAUCUUCACACAGCUGAAGCAGCAGCAGUGAAUGCCUAGUGCCAGUGUUUAGAUAGUGGCUACUCAUGAUCUUGAAUGUUUAUCCUUGUUUUUAGAUUAUCUUUGAAAUGAAAAUAUUUGUUUAAAACUUGUAUACAACUCAUACAUCCUUUUAUCUCCCAAUAUAUUUCGGAAACAUUGUUUUAGCAAAUAUUUUUCUGAUCACUAUCUAAGGAACCAGAAUUCAGAGAUGUGAAAAACAAAGCAAGCUUGGCCCUUCCUAAGGCAAUGAAAGACACUUUAACAGCAAACUAUAAAUAGAUUGAUUUUUCACUGUCCUAAAGGUAUGCAAAGAGCACUAUGGAACAUAUUGAAAGGAGCUACCAAUUAUUGUGAAGGAAGCAAAUACCUGAUGUGUUUAUGAAUAAAGCAUUUUUAAUAAUGAUUAAGGUAAAACCUUACUGGUCUGUAAAGAUAAUAGACAAGUGUGUGAAUUAAGCAGCAACCAAGAAACAACUACUUGAGGAGAACCUGACAUUCCUGAAUUUGAGUUUAGCAACAUUACAGUGUUUCUGCCACCUCUGUACAAAAGACAAUUUUACUUGUGUGACAGAUGGGCUCUGCUUUGUCUCUGUCACGGAGACCACAGACAAAGUUAUACACAACACCAUGUGUAUAGCUGAAACUGACUUAAUUCCUCGAGAUAGGCCAUUUGUAUGUGCACCCUCUUCAAAAACUGGGUCUGUGACUACAACAUAUUGCUGCAAUCAGGACCAUUGCAAUAAAAUAGAACUUCCAACUACUGGCCCUUUUUCAGUGAAGCCAUCACCUGGCCUUGGUCCCGUGGAACUGGCAGCUGUCAUUGCUGGACCGGUGUGCUUCGUCUGCGUCUCACUCAUGUUGAUGGUCUAUAUCUGCCACAACCGCACAGUCAUUCACCAUCGAGUGCCUAAUGAAGAGGAUCCUUCAUUAGAUCGCCCUUUUAUUUCAGAGGGUACUACAUUGAAAGACUUAAUUUAUGAUAUGACAACGUCAGGUUCUGGCUCAGGUUUACCAUUGCUUGUUCAGAGAACAAUUGCGAGAACUAUUGUGUUACAAGAAAGCAUUGGCAAAGGUCGAUUUGGAGAAGUUUGGAGAGGAAAGUGGAGGGGAGAAGAAGUUGCUGUUAAGAUAUUCUCCUCUAGAGAAGAACGUUCAUGGUUCCGUGAGGCAGAGAUUUAUCAAACUGUAAUGUUACGUCAUGAAAAUAUCCUGGGAUUUAUAGCAGCAGACAAUAAAGACAAUGGUACUUGGACUCAGCUCUGGUUGGUGUCAGAUUAUCAUGAGCAUGGAUCCCUUUUUGAUUACUUAAACAGAUACACAGUUACUGUGGAAGGAAUGAUAAAACUUGCUCUGUCCACAGCAAGUGGUCUUGCCCAUCUUCACAUGGAGAUUGUUGGUACCCAAGGAAAGCCAGCCAUUGCUCAUAGGGACUUGAAAUCGAAGAAUAUCUUGGUAAAGAAGAAUGGAACUUGCUGUAUUGCAGACUUAGGACUGGCAGUAAGACAUGAUUCAGCCACAGAUACAAUUGAUAUUGCUCCAAACCACAGAGUGGGAACAAAAAGGUACAUGGCCCCUGAAGUUCUCGAUGAUUCCAUAAAUAUGAAACAUUUUGAAUCCUUCAAACGUGCCGACAUCUAUGCAAUGGGCUUAGUAUUCUGGGAAAUUGCUCGACGAUGUUCCAUUGGUGGUAUUCAUGAAGAUUACCAGCUGCCUUAUUAUGAUCUUGUACCUUCUGACCCAUCAGUUGAAGAAAUGAGAAAAGUCGUUUGUGAACAGAAGUUAAGGCCAAAUAUCCCAAACAGAUGGCAGAGCUGUGAAGCCCUGAGAGUAAUGGCUAAAAUUAUGAGAGAAUGUUGGUAUGCCAAUGGAGCAGCUAGGCUUACCGCAUUGCGGAUUAAGAAAACAUUAUCACAACUCAGUCAGCAGGAAGGCAUCAAAAUGUAAUUCUGCAGCUUUGCUUGAACUCGACUUUUUUCUUCAGAUCUGCUCCUGGGUUUUAAUUUGGGAGGUCAAUUGUUCUACCUCACUGAGAGGGAACAGAAGGAUGUUGCUUCCUUUUGCAGCAGUGUAAUAAAGGCAAUUAAAACUUCCCAGGAUUUCUUUGGACCCAGUAAACAGCCAUGUGGGUCCUUUCUGUGCACUAUGAACGCUUCUUUGCCAGGACAGUUACAAAAUGUUGUGUAGUCUACCUUUAUUUUUUAUUAACAAAACUUGUUUUUUAAAAAGAUGAUUGCUGGUCUUAACUGUAGGUAACUCUGCUGUGCUGAAGAUCAUCUUUAAGGGCAAAGGAGUUGGAUUACUGAGUUAUAAUAAAACAUUUCUUAUUAUUAAAGAAAGUGAUUUACUCCUGGUUAGUACAUUCUCAGAGGAUUCUGAACCACUAGAGUUUCCUUGAUUCAGACUUUGAAUGUACUCUCCUAUAGUUUUUCAGGAUCUUAAAACUAACACUUAUAAAACUCUUAUCUUGAGUCUAAAAAUGACCUCAUAUAGUAGUGAGGAACAUAAUUUAUGCAAUUGUAUUUUGUAUACUAUUAUUGUUCUUUCACUUAUUCAGAACAUUACAUGCCUUCAAAAUGGGAUUGUACUAUACCAGUAAGUGCCACUUCUGUGUCUUUUUAAUGGAAAUGAGUAGAAUUGCUGAAAGUCUCUAUGUUAAAACCUAUAGUGUUUGAAUUCAAAAAGCUUAUUUAUGUGGGUAUCCCAAACUUUUUCUGUUUUGUUUUUUGGAAAGGUUUUUGUGGUAUGUCAUUUGGUAUUCUAUUUUGAAAAUGCCUUUCUUCUACCAAAAUGUGCUUAAGCCACUAAAGAAAUGAAGUGGCAUUAAUUAGUACAUUGUUAGCAUGGUCAUGUUUGAAUAUUCUCACAUCAAGCUUUUGCAUUUUAAUUGUGUUGUCUAAGUAUACUUUUAAAAUAGCAAGUGGCACUCUACAUGCUUAUAGUACUUUAAUAUUUGUAUCAUACAGACUAAUUUUUCUAAAAGGGAAAGUUUGUCUAGCUGUUUGUGAAAAGUUAUGUGGUAUUCUGUAAGCCAUUUUUUUCUUUAUCUGUUCAAAGACAGUGUUAUUUUUUUAAGAAAGGAAUUACAUUUAAAAUUAGAAUAUGGUUAAUGUUAAAUAAUAGGCCUUUUUCCAGGAAGGCAAAGGUAGUUAGUAAUUUGAAUAGAUAACAGAUGUGCAAGAGUCACAUUGGUUAUGUAGGAAUGUUUGGUGGAUCCUCUGUCUUUGUAACUGAGGUUAGAGCUAGUAUGAUUUUGAGGUCUCACUACACUUUGAGGAAGGCAGCUUUUAAUUCAGUGUUUCCUUAUGUGUGCGUACACUGCAACUGCUUACUUUACAUGUAAUUUAUGUAAUGCAUUCAUUGCACCCUUGAUAUUUGGAAGAGGUGGUAGCUAAAGAACAUUCUGAGUAUAGGUUCUUCUCCAUUUUUACAGAUGUUUUUGUCAAGUUAAAUAUUGAAAGCAAACUUGUCAUGGUCUUCUCACAUUAAGUUGAAACUAGCUUGUAAUAACUGGUUUUUACUUCCAAUGCUAUAAAGUCUCUGCAGGGCUUUUGCAGUUUUCAAAGUCCUUUUAUCACUGUGAUCUUAUUCCAAGGGGAGGAAAAACUAUCCUAGCUGUGAGCCACAACUUUGACUUUAUAGUGCUAUCAGUUCCCCAAUACAGGGUCAGAAUAACCAAUACAGUAUUUUAGUCAGGAAGAGAAAGUGGCCAUUUACACUGAAUGAGUUGCAUUCUGAUAAUGUCUUAUCUCUUAAACGUAGAAUAAAUUCGAAAGACUAUUUGGUCUUAAAACCAAAGUAAUUUUAGAAUGAGUGACAUACUACAUAGGAAUUUAGUGUCAAUUUUAUGUGUUUAAAAACAUCAUGGGGAAAACGUGCUUAGAGAUUACUAUUUUGACUACAAGGUUGAGUUUUUUCUGUAGUUACCAUAAUUUCAUUGAAGCAAAUGAAUGAGUUUGAGAGGUUUGUUUUUAUAGUUGUGUUAUAUUACUUGUUUAAUAAUCUCUAAUUUUGUGAUCAGGUACUUUUUUUGUGGGUUUUUUGGGCCAUUUCUAAGCCUACCAGAUCUGCUUUAUUAAACCCAGGGGACCAAUGCAUUUUAUCACUAAAACUAUUUUUAUAUAAUUUUAAGAACAUACCAAAAUUUGUCUGAUUUAAAGUUGUAAUACAUGAUUUCUCACUUUCAUGUAAGGUAAUCCACUUUUGCUGAAGAUAUUUUUUAUUGAAUCAAAGAUUGAAUUACAAUUAUACUUUUGUUACCUAAGUGGAUAAAAUAUACUUUCGAUGAAUCAGGGAAUUUUUUAAAAGUUGGAGUUUAGUUCUAAAUUGACUUCACAUAUUACUGCAGUUAAUUCCUUUUUUGGCUAGGGAUGGUUUGGUAAACCACAAUUGACUAAUAUUGAAAAUGAAAGUAACUUAAAAGAUGGGAUGGAUCAUGAUUACUGUCAAUAACUGCAGAUAAAUUUGAUUAGAGUAAUAAUUUUGUCAUUUAAAAACACAGUUGUUUAUACUGCCCAUUCUAGGAUGCUCUCCUUCGAGGGUUCAACUUGGCUAAAACACCUUUAGUAAAUUGUGUCUACAUUCAUUUUGCCAAUAGCCAGGAGGAGUGGGGAUGGGAGAAGUGGGGCAUAGACACCCCUGCACCAUCCUUUCUGGCUCCAGCUGUUUCUUGCAACCUGCUCUCCUCCUUGCUGGUCCCUGACACAGAGACCGUUGCCUCCCCCACAGACUUUUGACUGAAGAGCUGCUUUGGAGAUCUAGAGUACAAUGGCUGAUGGAAGUUGUGGGACAUAUUUCCUUUUUUUUUUUUUUUUUUUUUUUGUCGUUAGAAGUGGCAGGGAGAGGUCUCCACAUUUGGAGAUUGAGCAGAUGAGGAUUGGGAUACCCCUGCUGGUUGCCCUCCUUUGACUUUAGCCAUGGAUGAGGAAUGGGAUAGCAGCAAGGUGGCUGCUGUGGUAGUGCGAGUUGUGCCAGAAACUGGCCAGUUGUAUCCCCCGUAAGACAGGGUAAGGUCUGAAGAGCUGAGCCUGUAAUUCUGCUGUAAUAAUGAUAGUGCUCAAGAAGUGCCUUGAGUUCGUGUACAGUGCCAUGGCCAUUAAGAAUCCCAGAUUUCAGUUCUUAUUAAAAAUUGUCACUUCACGAUUUUGUAGUCCAUCCAUGGUUACCUCUUUUCUCUAUGUCUGAGAACUGUCAGAUAGAUACAAGCUAUUUCAUAAAACAAGAUGGCAAAGAGAUCAUUAAAUUGCACGACAAAAUCAGUCUGCCAUUAGUCACAUCAUCAAAAGCUUAUUUUUAUUCUUGCACUGGAAGAAUCAUAAGUCAACUGUUUCUUUUGUUUCUUGACCAUGGCAGUGUUCUGGCUCCAAAUGGUAGUGAUUCCAAAUAAUGGUUCUGUUACAGUUAGGCAGAAAAUGCCAACUCAGAUAUUUUGAGAUACUAAGGAUUAUCUCUGGACAUGUACUGCAGCUUCUUGUCUCUGUUUUGGAUUACUGGAAUACCAGUGGGCCCUCUCUCUAAGAAUGCUGGACUUCUAGGAUAUUGUGAGGAUUGUCAGUACAUUAAACUUUUCAAUCCCAUUAUGCAAUCUUGUUUGUAAAUGUAAACUUUUAAAAAUACAGUUAAUAACAUUCAACCUGUUUCUUACAACUUAAAAGGAAUUUCAGUGAAUUUGUUUUUAUUUUUUAACAAGAUUUGUGAAUUGAAUAUCAUGAACCGUGUUUUGAUAUCCCUUUUUCACGUUGUGCCAACGGAAUGGGGUGUUUGAUAUUUCUGUAUAUGUCAAGGAGAUGCUUCAAAAUAUCAGUUGCUUUAAACUUAAAUUACCUCUCAAGAGACCAAGGUACAUUUACCUCAUUGUGUAUAUAAUGUUUAGUAUUCGUCAGAGCAUUCUCCAGGUUUGCCGUUUUAUUUCUAUGAAGUAUGGGUAUUAUGUUGCUCAGUUAGUCUAAUGGUACUGUAUUGUUUAUAUUUGUACCCCAGAUAACAUCAUCUGUACUUUCUGUUUUCUGUAUUGUAUUUGUGCAGAAUACUUUUGGUUUUAUCAGUGUAAUCUCUGCCCUUUAAGAUAUGUACAGAAAAUGUCCAUAUAAAUUUCCAUUUAAGUCGAAUGAUACUGAGAAGCCUGUAAAGAGAGAAAAGACAUAAGCUGCGUUUCCCCAUACGUUUUUUAAAUUGUAUAUUGUAUUUGUAGUAAUAUUCCAAAUGAAUGUAAAUAGGAAAUAGAAGAGUGAUGCUUAUGUUAAGUCCUAACACUGCAGUAGAAGAAUGGAAGCAGUGCAAAUAAAUUACAUUUUUCCCAA